CACGCGCCCAGUGAAAGAGACAGGAAGCCUCGCCGAAACGAGAACGCGAGAAGGCGUAAAGGUGGUGAAAUGAAACAUGUUGCAGAUGGAAAAGAAAGCGGAGAAGAGAAAGAGGCAAUAGAAGGACGUCGAUAGUAACAGCAGCAGCAGAAAGCCACCAGGAGAAGUAGAACAGCAUGUCCUCGUCUCCGCCAAUCCCCUCUUCCCCGGCAUUCGGGGAAGACGACGCCAUGAUGCCCGAUGCUGGCGAACACGAAAACGGCAACGGAGCCUCAAAUACAGAAGAGACCACCGCCAGCAGGAGCCAGUCACAGCAGCCAGGAUCGAGUCCGGCACACGUUCCGUCGUCGCCGCUCUUUCUGCCGCAGUCGUCGUCGCCGGCUGCAGCCCCGGAAAGCAGUACCGGCGCAAGACCACGGAGCCAGCAUACACCACACCCGUCCUCAGAUAUCCUCCGCUCGACCGAGGGUCUCUCCCGUCAGAGGUACCGUGGUAGAGGAGACAUCAACAGCUCGGAUGUGUUCUCGUCGCCGAUGCGCAGACGGUUUUUCAACGAGCCAAGAAGCGGAACGGACUCUUCGCCGAUGCCUGGCAGACUGGGCUCCGACUUGUCGUCGGACACGAACAGAAGCGGCGGCGGUAACGCUGACGGCACCCCCCGACGGAUUAUCCCCUCAUUCUCGUCGUCGUCGUUUGCCGAUUCGGACGGACCUGCGCCCCCAGAGGGAGUGAGCAGUGAAGCCGGACAUGCCCACAGCGGCGCCUCCGAUCGUGGGAAUGGGCACGACCUGGGCGACGCCGAAGACAGCACUCCUAUCCGUGUCAUCUGGGGUACGAACGUUUCGAUCGAGAACGUGACUGACCGGUUCCGGAACUUUAUCAUGACCUUCAAAAUGAACGACCGGUACGCGUACGAUGGGAACGACGACAUUGUCGACCCUGCCGGCGACCGGCCCUACUACGUGCAGAUGCUCAAUGUCCUCAAGGACACAGGUGCAACAAACUUGAACCUAGACGUGCAGAACUUGAUGGCCGUUGCCUCGACGCGCACGCUUGCCACGCACUUGAUCCUCUACCCUCAAGAAGUUAUCCCCAUCAUGGACCAGACUGUCAAAGACUGCUUGGUCUCAAUAGUGCUCGAUGACCCAGAAUACAGAGAUACCCCAGAAACGCUUGCACUCGUCAAUGACAUUGAGUCGAAGUUAUACAAGGUGCGUCCGUACAACAUUGGCAACAAAAAGGGGAUGAGAGAACUCAACCCGCAGGACAUUGACAAGUUGGUUUCCAUCAAAGGUUUGGUCAUCCGCUCUACCCCGAUCUUACCGGACAUGAAAACAGCAUUUUUCAAGUGUAACGUUUGCGACCACACAGUGGUAGUGGAAAAUGACAGAGGUAUCAUUCAGGAGCCAAGAAAGUGUCCAAGGCAGAUCUGUAACUCGUCGAACUCUAUGCAGUUGAUUCACAAUAGAUCCACUUUUGCCAACAAGCAAAUCGUCAAGUUGCAGGAGACCCCUGAUAUUGUCCCCGAUGGGCAGACACCGCAUUCCGUUUCGUUAUGUAUUUACGACGAGUUGGUCGAUUCCUGCAGAGCAGGUGACCGUGUGGAAGUGUGCGGUAUCUUCAAAUCAUCUCCUGUCAAGGUGAGUCCGAGAUUAAGAGUCGUGAAAAGCUUGUUCAAAACAUAUCUAGAUGUCGUUCAUAUCAAGAAGGUUGAUAAGCACCGUAUCGGUGUUGAUGUUUCCACAAUUGAAAACGAACUACGAGAGCAAGAAGAAGUCGACGAGAUCAGAAAGCUAUCUGAGGAUGAAGUUGAGAAAAUCCGCCGCGUUGCAAGAAGACCCGAUGUCUACCAGUUGCUUGCUAGAUCCUUAGCACCCUCUAUCUUUGAAAUGGACGACGUAAAAAAGGGACUUCUACUUCAAUUGUUUGGAGGCGCUAAUAAAGAUUUCAAGAAGGGAUCGAGAACAAGAGGUGACAUCAAUAUUCUACUAUGUGGUGACCCAUCCACUUCGAAGUCUCAAAUUUUACAGUACGUUCACAAGAUUGCACCAAGAGGUAUUUACACGAGUGGUAAGGGAUCCUCCGCUGUCGGGUUAACAGCAUAUGUGACGAGAGAUAUUGAGACAAAACAGUUGGUUUUGGAGAGCGGUGCUCUUGUGCUAUCAGAUGGAGGUGUUUGUUGCAUCGAUGAAUUUGACAAAAUGAGCGAUCAGACAAGGUCGGUGUUGCACGAAGUCAUGGAACAGCAGACCAUUUCCAUUGCCAAAGCAGGUAUCAUUACGACGUUGAAUGCUCGUACCUCCAUUUUGGCCUCUGCCAACCCUAUUCAAUCGCGUUAUAACCCAAAUUUGCCAGUCACCAAAAACAUCGAUCUUCCUCCCCCAUUGUUGUCCAGAUUUGACCUAGUGUUUUUAAUUUUGGACAAGGUCGACAAGAAGUUGGACGAGCAGUUGGCGAAACACAUUGCCAGCAUGUACCUUGAAGAUCGUAUGUCAAGUGCGGCCACCGAAGAAAUUUUACCUGUUGAGUUCCUCACGGGUUACAUCCAGUACUCAAAAGAAAAUAUUCAUCCGAAGUUGACAGAGGAGGCCAGAGACGAAUUAGUUUCCUCUUAUGUCCAGAUGCGUCGUGCCGGCGAAGAUUCACGGGGCGGUGGUUCCGAAAAGCGGAUUACUGCAACAACCCGUCAAUUGGAAUCAUUGAUCAGAUUAUCCGAAGCACAUGCCAAACUCCAUUUGCGAGAGGUAGUGUUGUUGGAGGACGUCGUCGAAGCAGUGAGAUUAAUGAAGUCUGCUAUCAAGGACUACGCUACAGAUCCUUUGACGGGACGUAUCGACAUGGACUUGAUUCAGACUGGUGUGAGUGUGGAGGAAAGACGUCGUAAGGAAGAACUCGACAAGGACAUCAUCAAGGUGCUAGAGACCGCCGGGGAAAUUGACUGGCCUGGCCUAGCCGAUGAAGUCGAGAAAUUACGUGAGGGACUGCGUGUGGACAAUCACGACCUAGGCGAGUCUGUGAGAAGACUGGAAGGAGAUGGGAAAGUCAUUGUCUUUGGACAAAGUAACCAUAGAAGAGUUGCCAUCAACAGGCACGUUGUAUAACUCUGUACACUAGAAAACUCUCUUUAGAGUUGACAUUUCAUUACUAUAAUAACUUAAUCUAGAAACUGUCAAAUUUGAAAGUGUGUACAAACCGAUUAC